AUGAUGCUCAAGCUGCUGCUCCUGGCGGUCGGCGCGCUCGCGUCACAGGUCCCACUCGGCGACGCCGGCUCCGCCCCGGGCGCCGGUGCUGGCGCCAGCACGCCGCGCAGCGUGCAGCUCGACCUAUCCCCGUACUUGAAUGCGAAGGCGACGAGCGUCAACGGCGAGAACGACGGAAAGGGCUUCAGAAACGGCUCAACCUUUCCAUCCGAGUAUCUCCCAAUCGACAGGUGGUCCGACUCUGGCGUCGACUUCGUUUUGCCGGACUGGUCUGGAACGAAGGAUUGCGUCAAGGCCGACAAACAGGUGAUCCACCUCCCCGACCCCACCGAGGUGAGGAGUAUCCACAUCCUCGGCGCAGGCGAAGAUGCGGGCGGCUUCUUGUUCAUGGAAACGCACGAGACGCUCACCCUCACCUUUGAAGAUGGCGGAAAGGUCCACGCCCCGUUCGAGGUAAAGCACUGGUGGAGCCACCACUGGACGAACAAGAGCCCGAUCCGCGCGCCGUUCCACUACCUCGAUGAGGGCGUGAAGAGCUACAAUGCGUCGCACCUGUUCCACAUCCCCGUCACGAUCCCGCCCGCGGCGGCCGGCCGGACGCUAACCAGCGUGCGCCUCCCGGGUCCGGCUGAGAAAAACGCGCUCAAGGUCUUCGCCAUGUCGUACGUGCCCGUGACCUCCGAGGUGAUGGCUGUGCAAUGGGCGCGCGGCACGCGCCGAUGGGAGAAUGGACACCAAAUCGUUGAGGUGCUGCUCACCAACCCGCGCAGUGUGUCUGAGCACGGUGACGAGAGCUCGUGGAUCCGUGAUGUCGGCGUCAAACUGCAGGGCGAGACUUUCAAGGGACUCAAUGAGCGUCGCGUGAACAGACUCAUGCCUGGUGACGAGGUACUGCUCGAGUUUGAGGUCGAACCGCGGGCGGGCUCGUUCGAAGCUUUCGACGGCGCACACCUCCAGGUCCGCUACGGUGACCGCAUCGAGGAGAUCCCCGUCGAGGUAAGCGGCGUCCGGCUCCUCCGCUCCCCGGACUACACCGAGGACGAGAUCGAGGAGCACUCCCGACCGGGCUGGUACGACGGCGCUAAGUUUGGCAUCUUCAUUCACUGGGGUCUCUUCAGUGUUCCGGCCUUUGCGGCGCCGCCUCAGUAUGCCGAAUGGUACGACUUCUGGCUCCACGACGGGGAGAAGCCGACGGAGAACCACCACCUUUCGACCUACGGUGCCGAGUUCAAUUACGACGACUUCAUCCCCAUGUUUACUGCCGACAAGUACAACGCGAGCGAGUGGAUGGACGUCAUCGCGGCCAGUGGGGCAAAGUACUUUGUCUUCACGACGAAGCAUCACGACGGCUUUGCCAUGUUCGACACGAAGGAGACGAGCGACCGCAACUCGCUCCUCCUCGGCCCCAAGCGCGACAUUCUGAAGGAGCUCAUGACGGCCGCGAAGGACGAGCAUCCCGAGCUCAAGCGCGGCACGUACUUCUCGCUUCCCGAGUGGUUCAACCCCCUGUACGCGCCUCACGGCCGCCUGUCCUUCCCCGGCGGACCCGCUCUGAACCCUUUCACGCGCGAGGAGGAGCCGUUCACUGGCCAGCGCGAAAGCGCGACCGACUUCAUCGAGGACAUCCAGCGUCCGCAGAUGGAGAUCCUGGUGGACGACUACGACGUCGACCUGCUGUGGUGCGACAUCGGGCUGGACAACCACUCCUCUGCCGUCUUCAGCCGCUGGUACGCCGAUGCGGCGAGACACGGGCGCGAGGUCGCGAUCAACAACCGCUGCGGCGUCGGGGGCGACUUUGAUACGCCCGAGAUGACGCGCUUCGCGACAGUCCAGCCGCGCAAGUGGGAGACGUGUGCGAGCAUGGACCCCCACUCAUUCGGGUACAACAAGGACACGAAGGAUGAGGAGUACCGCAGCGCAGAGGACGUGGUGCACUCCCUCGUCGACAUUGUCGCCAAGGGCGGCAACUUCCUCCUCAACAUUGGGCCUCGUGCAGACGGAUCGAUCCCGAAGGCGCAGAGCGAGCCGCUGCGCGAGGCUGGCGAGUGGUUGAAGCUCAACGGUCGCGCGAUCUAUGAUACGACCCCCUUCGAGCCGUACCCCGAGCACAACGCCGACGGCGUCCACGUCGAGUUUACGCGCAAGCCGGACACCUUCUACAUCAUCUCCCUGAAGAAGCCGGGGCGCACGCUCGCCAUCUCCGCGCCGUUGCCAGUACUCGCUGGCGACCGCAUUGUGGCCAUCGCGCCCGAUGGUGACAAGACCAUCAAGUGGCUGUAUGAGGACGGAACCCUCAUGCUAGACACGAGUGGUAUCGAGUUCAGUGACGGUGGCAUCGCCUGGGUGUUCGAGGUGCAAUAUGCCGACCCCCGCCAAAGCGUGGAAAAGCACGAGCCAGUGCACGACGAGCUGUGA